AUGGCUGAGGUGGAGCUUCAUGCGCUGAGAGGCUUUGGAUACAUAACCUACGACACCGUCGAGGCUGUGGAUGCGUGUCUAGAAAAGUACGAGGAGCAUUACCUCAGCAAGAAGUGGGUAGAAGUGAAGCGUUCCAUCCCUCGAGAGCUCAUCGAUGCCUACGAGAGGGAACAGCGGCGUUUACAUACCCUCCACAGCGAAGCUCAGAAAGCAGCAGCGCCCAAGGAGCCGGCGGCGUCUCCCAAGGCCGCGGCCAGCGCACCGUCGGGUGGCAAAGGAAAUGCGAUUCCCGGCUCUGCGCCCGCGCCGAAGGCUGCCGCCGUGGCCACAGGCGUCGCUGGGCCUAGACCGCCUCCGACGGCAAUGCCACUCCAGAGGACGAGGACUUCAUCCUCCAUCGGUAGCGAGAAAGGAGGCUACGGAGGUACGACUCCCGCAGAUAUGGGUAGAAUCUCGCAGCUGAAGGAGAUGGGCUUCUCAGACGAAGUGUCACGGAGAGUGCUUGCAGAAUGCGCGUGGGACGUCAACAAGGCAAUCGACAGGUUGCUGCUGUCAGGCGUUCCAGAUGAUCUGCCGCAGCAGGGCGCAGGAGACUCAGAGAAGCCAGGCACCGGUGACCCUCCAGAGGUCCCCGAAGAGCCCGACGAUCUCGAUGCCUCAGCCGAAGCGCGAAGCAGCGACCACGUAGGUGACGUCAACGGCAAAAGUAGCUUCUUCCCGGCCCAGGAGGAUCCUCCGAGUACGCUGGAAGCCGAGAAGGCCGCAGAGGCCCCCGCGUCGGCCGCAACGCCACAGAACGGAGGAGUUCCGGCUGAGCAGCAGCAGCAGCAGCCGGAAGCUGCGGCAGCGACCAGUGAGGUUGCUUCUAGCGGCACCCCAUUGGUAGCGGCUGCUGAACCCACAGCUCAGCCGGCGCCUGUCACCCCCGCCGCUCCGACAAAGCGACUCGAGCGGGCGAAACAAGCCUGGACGUCCGGUGAUCCCAGCCAGCUCAGCGUUGCCGACCAGGAGUUUGUUUAUGUGUGGACAGCGACCGCGACAGAGAACGGGUGGAUCCACGCGGAAUUAGCCAAAGACCAGGCAAAAGUGGGCUGGCUGCCCCGGUUGGUCCUUACAGAGCUCCAGGAAGGCCAGCGAUGGAUGAAAGCCAAGACCAAGUGGGAGGCGCGAGACGAGUCACAGUGUAGUGUGGAGAUUGGCGAGUUCUGCCUGGUAUGGGUUAGCUCCCUUACCAAGGAGGGCUGGACCUACGUAGACUGCCAGGAUCGCCCCAGCAAGGGCUGGCUUCCCGAUUUCUGCUUGGUGUGGUCCGAGCAGUAG